UCACUGUAGCGCGCGCAGACAUUUACGUCGAGAUGGCAACUGAGAUGAACUCGCUUUAUUUCUCGAUAGAUCGUUGAAGAAUGGCACGGUUAAAACUAAUGUUGAUAUGUAUUCAGCACUGUGUGCUACGUGUCCACGAUUCCUGAAGAUAUUUAAAAUCACCAUUCACAAGAGUGCUUUUGAUUCCUGUGGAAUCUGUACAACAUUUUGCCUACUUUUUUCUUCUUUCACCUCUUUUUUUUAAAAAAAAAAAACAACAUACUCUCAUCUGUGAGAGCGUGGAUAUCUGAGCGUCACGUUGGAGACAAUUUUCAGUCAACGAUGCCCGUACAAGCGCCGCAAUGGACCGAGUUUCUGUUGUGUCCGAUCUGCACGCAGACGUUUGAGGAGAACGUGCGCAAGCCCAUCAGCCUGGGCUGCGGUCACACCGUCUGCAAGAUGUGCCUGAACAAGCUGCACCGCAAAGCCUGCCCUUUCGACCAAACCACCAUCAGCACCGACAUCGAGCUGCUCCCUGUCAACACAGCGCUGCUGCAGCUCGUCUGCCCUCAGGUACCAAAGUCUCAAUCCGUCACCUUGGUGAAAGGAGCGGAGGACAUCAAGCAUUAUGAUGAAGCUCGCAUGUGUGUGGAGGAGCUGGCUCUCUACCUCAAACCCCUCAGCAACACCCGAGGUGUAGGGCUGGGCACUGCGAGUCAGAGCCUCCUCAGCAGACCCAUGCAGAGGAAGCUAGUGACCCUGGUGCACUGCCAGCUGGUUGAAGAGGAGGGACGUAUCCGUGCUAUGCGUGCAGCCCGCUCUCUGGGUGAACGGACAGUCACCGAGCUAAUCCUACAACACCAAAACCCUCAGCAGCUCUCUUCCAACCUGUGGGCUGCUGUCCGAGCACGAGGCUGCCAGUUCCUCGGCCCUGCCAUGCAGGAGGAGGCUCUAAAGUUGGUGCUGCUGGCGUUGGAGGAUGGUUCGCCUUUGUCCCGCAAGGUUCUGGUUCUGUUUGUAGUCCAGAGGCUGGAGCCACGCUUCCCUCAGGCCUCUAAAACCAGUAUAGGGCAUGUUGUACAGCUGCUGUACAGAGCCUCGUGUUUUAAGGUGACUAAGCGAGAUGAGGACUCAUCCCUGAUGCAGCUGAAGGAAGAGUUCAGGACAUAUGAGGCUCUGCGGAGAGAGCACGACUCCCAGAUUGUCCAGAUCGCCAUGGAAGGAGGCCUGCGCAUUGCCCCUGACCAGUGGUCCUCCCUGCUCUAUGGAGAUCAGUCCCACAAGUCCCAUAUGCAGUCCAUCAUUGAUAAGUUGCAAACCCCAGCCUCUUUUGCUCAGAGUGUACAGGAGCUCACCAUUGCCCUGCAGAGAACAGGAGACCCAGCCAACCUCAACCGCCUCCGACCGCAUUUAGAGCUUCUGGCCGACAUUGACCCGAGCCCAGAUGCCCCUGCCCCGACAUGGGAACAGCUGGACAAAGGGCUGGUGGCUGUAAAAACAGUGGUGCAUGGUCUUGUAGACUUCAUCCAGAAUCACAGCAAGAAGGCAGGAGACCCACAACAAGCUCCUCAGCACAGCAAAUACAAGACGUACAUGUGUAGAGACAUGAAACAGAAGGGAGGGUGUCCCAGAGGAGCCAGCUGCACCUUUGCCCAUUCCCAGGAGGAACUGGAAAAGUUCCGCAAGAUGAACAAGCGUCUGCCUUUGAGGAAGCCCCUCAGUCAGUCGCUCACUCAGCUUAAUGACAUGGACGUAGCUUGCAACCCAGGCCUUCUGUCUGAUGAAGGGUUGGUUGUGGAGGGUCUGGCCCACAAACCUGCCAUUGUCGCCAAUGGUAUUCUUCCAGUGCCACCUGGAUCAAAACUGCCACAUCUGGUCUCCCGCGGAUCAGUGACACCCUACGACACGGCUCGCAAGCUGGGAAAACCAGACACGGGGAGCCUCAGUGCUCCUGAGUCACCACCAGACUCACUGGACUCCAUUCCUAAAGUGGUGAUGACUUCAUCUCAUCCUAGAGUCCCGAGAGAAGGUCUCCCUGGACACACACUGUCUGCUGUCUCCAGAGUUCCCCAGAUGCCGCAGUACCCUCCACAUCAGCCAGAGGCCUAUUACUCAGAAUCCAGAGUACCACCGUCUGCUUCUCAAUACGAGUCCUCUCAGUAUCCCACUGGCAACUCCUAUGCUUAUCAGCACUUGCAGCCUCGCUACACUCGCCCACCAAUUGACCCUGGCUUGGCGCCCUAUCCAGACCCGUAUCCUGUCUCCUAUCCCCCAGAACGCCAGUACCCCGCUCAUGCAUCUGACCCUCGUUACACCUAUCCACCGCAUCACGACAGUCGCCGCCAUGCGCCUUAUGGAGGCCAUCCUCCAAUCCCGUCAUACACUCGAGAUGAGCUGGGCCACAGGAGCCCUGUCCCUAUGGAGAUGCCCCCACAGACGCAGACGGCAGGAGCAUCGUCCUCCUACCUCCCAGAAUCACGGGACAGAUACGGUUCCGAGAGCUACAACCACUCCAGCCACAGCAGGCCGUACAGUGGCAGGAAUGCCUAUGCCCGGCCACAGCCCAGCCUGGACUACCUGCACCGUCGGAGAAAGGAAAUCAUGGCCCAGCUGGAGGAGCGGAAAGUCGUUUCUCCUCCUCCCUUCACCUCUUCUCCAAAUCUGGCUCAUUCUUAUGACCCCAGUUAUACACAAGAGGUCAGGGGGCAAAAUCAUUAUAUGGGUGAGAACCCUCCAGCAUUCCAGAACGUCAGAGAACCAGAAUAUGCAGCUUCAUACUCGCCAUGGUCAUGUGACACUUUUGUCCCCUACAUUGGCAUCAAGGAUAUGAAGUCCAAAGAUGGUCCAGCAACAGGCUACAUGGAGAUGCAGACUAUAGAAAAAAGCCUGAGAGAUCCGGCUCUGGAGCUGCAGCGUCGAGCGGCAGAGGUCAAAGAUGAUGAUCCAAUCAUCCCAUUUGGCUCACUGCCCACUGUCUCUCGCUUUGGAGCAAUAUCUCGUACGUCCAAAUCGGGAUAUCAGCCAGCUGGCCUACUUCCAGGUCCCCCAGCCAAACAUGCUGCAAAUGCAGUUGAUUACAGCUAUGGGAAUCAUGGAGGAUGGAGUGAGGCCCCUUACACCCAGCACCAGACCAUGCCAUCUCAGGGACACUUCACUGAACGACUGCCCCCUUCUGCCCAGGACAGGGAACAGCUGAAGAUGGAGCUUCAGCAGGUCAACCAACAGAUUACCCAACAGACACGCUGCAUGGAGAGGGAACCAGGUUCAGCAGCUGGCCAAGCUGCUCCAGCGGAGUGGUCGACAGCUAGUGUUUCCAGCGAGCAGCUGAGCCAAGAGUUGCACCAGGUGGAGAGAGAGAUUGGCAUGAGGACACGUGAGAUGGCGAGGGAGGCAGCUGGCAUGAAAUACAAACUGGUAGCAGGAAGUGAGAACGGGCAGAGCGAGCCCAAUUUACAGCGGGAGGAUCACCACCUAGCCCUCAGUGAGGGAUCAAAUGGUUCUAGUUCUGUGGUGCAGGAUUGUGGUUUGGGCAGCACCAGCAUGUCCUCUCUGACCAGCAAGACAUCCUCACUCAGCCUGUCAUCUGAACUGGUGGGCAGUAGCACGGAUCUAACCAAGAAUGGGGUGGCUCACGCGUGCUCAUAGUUUGUCUUCAGCUGGAAGCGAUCUUAUGAGCUGGUGUCUCUCUCUCCCUCUUUCUCUCCCUCUUGCUGUACAUUCUGAGUAAAAGUUGUAUCUGAAGUUCACCUCCAAUUUGCAGAGGCUGCAAUACACCACCAACCAUCCAUUACUUAACUCUGUAACAUUACUCCACUCAUAUUGGGUCACUUCUUUUUCUUUACCACCGCAGUAUUGGGAUGUUGAGCGUUCCAUAUAUUCGAUGCAUACAGCUGCAUUUGUGACCGCUGAUCAUACAAACAAUUCAAAAAUGGUGAGUCAUUCUUGCCUUGCAGCAUCAACAGGAUUUUAUAGGAAUAAGCAGUAUCUGCCCCCUUUUUUAUGAAUUUUUUUUUUUUUUCCUGUGAUAAAUUAUUUCACUGACUUAAAAACCAGAGCAUCCAAGAAACAUUUUAUGAAUGUGUUUUUACUUGCAAGUCUAAACAGUAAUAUUAAUUUCAAUUAAGAAAAGUAAUACUCGCACAAUACACAAACUACAUUCUUAGUAGUUACGUUAUUCAUAAAGCUGACUUUCUUGUUUUAUGUUUACAUUGUGCACGUUUCUCUCGUGAAUUUUCUUACAAUUUCUGUAGGAGCCUCCUAUCAUGCUGCAUAUUCUACAUAUUAGAAAUUGAUGGAUAUGAUGAACAUUGCCUGUUCAAAAUAACUCCAGCACUUUUUUUUUUUUUUAAGUCAAAACCAGACUGUUAUUUUGAUCUGAAUCUAGUAUUGUUGCCCCUCAGCUUCAUAUAUGAGUGGUUAGUGUUCAGGUGUGGUCUUUGCUCAGUAUCUUCUCCCAGUAAAACAUUACUUGGUUCCUGCCCACACGUAUACAGGAUUUUUUUUUUUUUGGUGUCCAUGUGAAAAUGCUAUCUGAAAAUGAAGCUUCUAAAAAACAUGGAGAAAUGUUAAUUUACUGUGUGGAUGGGAACACCGUACGUUUUCCUACGCACUUCCGUUGUGGUUUUGUGUGUUAUGAGUGCUCUAGGACUGUUUUUAAAAUGUCUGCUGACCAGGUUGUCAGUUUAAUUAGUUUAAUUUCUUAUUUGAUAAUGUCUUUUGAAAUUUAAUUUUGCCUUUUUAUAUUACACACUCAUGCAGAUGAUUGCACACUGUAUGGCUCCUGAAUCCAUCGCUCCAGGUUACAGUUACAUACUGUGAACCUACUGUGAGGUUUUGGAAAAGAUUUUGGUGAACGCUUUGUGUUUUGAGUAACAUUUAAGCAGUGGUAUCACUUUCAGUUCAUGCUCAUGUUUUGUCAACGUGUAUUUGUUUUGCUUUAGAGCUUUCGGCAAUGCUGGUAUUUUUCCACACGUUGUCUUCUCGAUCAGUUAGUACGCAGCUCUUAAGGGUUUUUUUGUGGGGUUGGGGGUUUGUGGGUUUUUUUUUUUAAGAGACAUGGCAGUUUACGACACUAUCGCUGCACUAGUGUCUCCGCAUGAGCAUUGAAAAUGUUUUUGCCUAUUUCUUUUGAAAGAGAUAUCUUAAACACUGUUCAUUGUUUUCCCAAAAAUAUCCGUGUGUGUGUGUGAGAACGGCACCUCAGUUUUGUGUCCUGUGUAAUUCCUGCCAAUCAGCUAGGCAUGCCCUCUGAACUGAUGGGCUAGAUGGUCCAGGUUGCUUGUGUUGCUUCAGAAUACAGUGCUAGCUCAGUUCGAAGUUUGACCUCACGGACAUCAUUCUUCCAUGCUGAAAUCGAGACUGUGCUGUCAGACUGACCCUCCCAAAUCUGUUCGCCUUCCUGGUGAAAAACAGCCAAAUUCUUACUAUUUUAGUUGACUAUGUUUAGAUUUGUCUCGUUUCCCAGAAGCUGAGCUUCCAAAAAUGUGCUUUGCUUCUUCAGAGGUGGUCAGAAACAGCUAAAGCAUGUGGACAGGGCCAGAGAGCCACUCAUCACUAGUAGCCAAUUGCACUUGUAUUUUUUUAUGUAUAUUAUUUUAGAUCACGUACUAACAUACCUCUCAGCUUUAAUGUAUUUUUAACCAGGGAUAUUUACACAUUUCAUCCUGAGGAUGGAAAACAAAAAGCCUAAGAGACAAACUGAAAGGAGACAUUCUGUUUUAUGAAUGUUGAUGUAUAUGUUGUUUCAGGGAAAACUUUGAUCUGCAUGCAGAUCUUCAGAACUAGAAAUGGAACUAAAAAUGACUAAAGCCUUACAGUCAGGGUGCUGCUGUGGUGUGUGUUAAAUGUGGGGUUUGUUUUUUUUUGUUUUUUAUAAACACACUGGCUCAUUUAGGACAUUUGUGUUCUAGAAAUUUUGAGAUGAAAUGCUGUUCUGAUCACCUCUGAUUGGACCUCAAGCAAUUUAUUUUUUGGAACCAUUUUUGUUGUUGCUUUUAACUUCUGUGAAGUUGCUGUUGUCACUGGCAUGUUAAUGAUUUCUCCAGGAGGCCACAGCGAGGGGUUCAGAGCUGAUGCACCUUGUACUGUGUGUGUCUGUCUGUCUGUCCUUUUUUGAAGCAGUGAUUCUCAGUUCAAAUCCAGGCCUUUACAUGAACCUAGAAAGUAACAAGGACUGAGAAUCACUGCUUUGUGUGUGUGGAUCCCGUCGUUCGUUCAUUAUAUGUUUUGAACAGGCUCGGGGGAGACCACACUUAAGAGCUUGUACCACUUAACAGCUAUGUCUUUGGAGAUUAAACAAGUAAUACAAUCGUGACAUUGUUUAAGAUACAAACAACUUCAGGUGGAUUUUGGAGCAUUUUGUGACUGAGAAAAAAAAAAUUGACUUUGAACAGCAUUAUUUAGCUUUUUGAGUAUGCAGUAUUCACAGUAAAAAUACUAAAAAAAAACAAAAAACAGCUUAAUGUGGCAAAAAUACAUUGAUGCAUAGUUAGUUAUUUUAACAAGGUGCCAGCAAAAUUAUGGAUGUGAUAUUUUCAUUGAGCGUGUAUAAAAUUAAACUAUAAAAGAGGAGGAACAUUUAAUAAUUCAGUACAAAAUUAGCAGUAAUGGUGGCAUUGUUCAGUGUUGAGUAUUGAUCCCUGCAAUAGCAAGCUUAUUGAAAUUAUAUCGCAUCACCCAGCUAUGAACUAGAUUCUCUGAGGAAAUCUGAAAGCGUUUGGCAGAAAUAAGUGCACAAAAAGUGAACUACUGAAUUCCGAAACCUUGAAACUGUUUGUAUGCUUACCUCAGGGGUGGACAAAUCAGAAAUAAUUUGGCGAGCCUGCCAAGCACCUAACAUCUCCAGUGUACUGACUCGUCCUAUUUUGGUUGCCUGGAACCCUGUAGUGGUAGCUCAUGCAAUGUAACGUAUUGCAAACUAGUUAGCUUAUUAAGUGCAUUAAUACUUACUGAGAGAAACCGUUAUCCUCUAACAAAGUCUCCAAUGUAGCACAUUGUGUUUACAGCAUCGACAAAAUGUCAGCAAGCCCUGCCUGAGUAUUUCGGUUGUGAGAUGUAGCAUUAUGUCCUCCCAUUACACAGUCUGGUUAGUGUAUAUACCCUCUUAAUGCAUUUAAUCCAGAGGUGGGUGAUUUGUAGUAAACAUGUCGGCUUUGUUCUGGACUUAAUUUUGCUCGUUUUUGUCAGUGUUUCCAUCGGCUUUCCAGGUUUUGAGAAGAUUGGUGCAUGUUUGUUAAUCCAGUGAGUAAAAAUCAUUGUGGGCGGCAGAGUGGUGAAGUGGUUUAGCACGGUCGCCUCACAGCAAAAAGGUUCUGGGUUCAAGCCCAGUGGCUAACGGGGGCCCUUUCUGUGUGGAGUUUGCAUGUUCUCCCCGUGUCUGCGUGGGUUUAUUCUGGGUGCUCAAGUUUCCCCUACAGUCCAGAGACAUGCGGUUAGGUUAACAUGGGGCAGCCAUGGCCUGAGGUUGGGCUGAAGUGCCCUUGAGCAAGACACCUAAUUCACAACUGCUCCCCGGGCGCUGUGGCAUGGCUGCCCACGGCUCUGGGUAUGUGUGUGUGCUCGUUUGCUCACGUGUGUGUGUGUAUGUGUUCGUUCACUGCUUCAGAUGGGUUAAAUGCAGAGGUUAAAUUUCACUGUGCGCUUAAGUCUGUGCUUGAGUGUAUGUGUGACAAAGGCUUCUUGGCUUCUGCCAUCAAGCAGAUCACACCGUGAGUAGCAUGUGCUAUAGUAACAUCAAGGUUGGUUACAUCACUGUAAUACGCUUUAAAGUGCCAUUCCACCAUUGGAUGUAUUUUUUUGGCAUAAAAUACAAUAUAUAUUUUAUGACAACAUGACU